GGCACUGCUGGCAAUGACCAUGGCCGCCGUGGCCAUCAAGGUGGUCAAGGUGGUGCCCCUGGACAUGGCCUGGGACUCCUUCGAUGACCGGUAUGAGGACUGUUGGCCUGCCAUGCACGCAAAGUUGCCAGACCUCUACAACUUCGAGUACCAGAAGAAUCCUCACUUUGCCUGGAGCUGGGAUCGUGCUGAUGCUGAGUGGCACAAGCGGGGCUCUCCUGUUUUCCCUCUGGCGUCCCCAUGGCAGGCUGUGGCUCUCAUGGCCUACACGUCACAGGACAUUUACAAGGACUUCAAUGCAGCCGUGCACACGGCUGGGCACUCCCGCCAGGAAUACCGGAAAAACUUCCACUUCAAAACACUGCAUUUCCUACUGACUGAUGCCUUGAGGACACUGAGGCAUGUUCAGAACAAGCAGUGUCACCUCGUGUUCCGGGGUGUGCAUGGCGUUCGUUUCAAGGCGCAGCGUGGCCAGAGCGUCCGGUUUGGUCAAUUCGCAUCGACGUCGCUGCGUAAAGAUAUUGCUCAGCAGUUUGGGAAAGACACAAUUUUCGAGGUGCGCACAUGCCAUGGCGUAAGCAUCAGGCAGUUUUCCAUGUAUCCAUGGGAGGAGGAGGUGCUGAUCCCACCAUUCGAGACCUUUGAAGUCACCAAAGUCACCCGGAAUGGGAAGAGUACAUGGAUCAGUCUCCGCUCCGUUGGGACCUUCAGCAAAUACAACUGCGAGUGGCUGUGAGGUGAGAAAAUCCCCAGGCCUUCCUUCCAACUCAGAGGACUCCUCCAGGCCACCACAGCCCUGAUAGUGGCCGCCAGAAUUCUCUGAGCCAUGAGGCCACCAAGGCCACCGAAGUCACUGUGGUCACUGUGGCAACCGUGACCACCAUGUUCACCAAGACACCCUCAGCCACAAGGCCAACUCAGCCACUGCGACGACUGUACCCACCAAGGCCAUUGUGAAAAGCAAUCCUAUUAAAUGAUUCUAUCAAAACAAUUCCAUUAAAUAAUUUGAUCAAAACAA